UUUUAUUGAGUAAACUUCGCUCGUCUAUCGUCAAACAACUCUGCCAUUCUGAUCAUUGACUGGCCACCAUACACCAAAAUUUACGAAAGCUCUUUGACGUUGUCGGCAAGAAAAAUAUUCAGGUCGCAAAUUAUUGCGGCAAUUCUUUUUAGCCCUUAUGGCAGCAAACUUUCAAUUCAUCGCUUUCCCUGUUAAAAUUACUUUUAGACCUUGCAAUUAUUUUUUCUCUUCCAAAUAGGAUGAAAAACACUGAUUAUCUUUUAAACCACUUUGUGUUCCCCCGAAAAAUUGACGCGAGAACUUCCCCCCAUAAUUUUCAUUCAUUCAACAAGCCCUCAGAUAAAACUACUCACGAUGGCCUUGAAAACACUUCAUUUAUAUUAUUGUUUUCGAAAGAGCUACAAGUGGCGAAUAAAACUUUGCCAAACCUGAUAUCGGCGAAAAAUAGGGCUCAGUUAGCUACUAUUUUCAAGCGCUGGCAUAAUUACCAAAAAUGGCCUUUACUGCAAGCCGAGCUGCUCAAGGACGCUAUUGGCAGUUUCAGAGAGCCAGGAGACUGCCUUCCGCUAAUUUGCGAGGACAAAAAUGCACUGCUAAUAUUCAGAGUAGCAUCAUCAGAGGAAACUGACGCCAUUUUGGUGAAUGCAACACAAUUGUUGUUGCCAGCUAACGCGUUCUUAAACGACAAAGAGUGUCCAGUUCGCAACUUACCCGAUGGGCCGACGUUUGAGGUUCCGCGAGAAAAGGUCUUCCAUGACGUUGCGAUCGAAAGAAUCGUUGAGAUGGGAGUGUCCAAAGGUAAUGAGACAUUUGACGCAAAUAAGUCCUCACCCGCUAAGGCCGAGGAUCCGGACUACGUGACAAACUGGCUUAUAGCCUUUCUGGCCGCAGAAAACAACUCCAUGCCUGAGAUCCAAUUUCACGCUAAGAUCCACGACAGAGCAGUUCAUAAUAGCCAUCGCGAGCCUCCUUGGCGUCGGUCUACUGAGUACUUUGCCGUGAAAUAUAUUCUGAAGCAUUAUCUGACAUGGCAUUUGGGUUCGGUGCAUGGAAUGCUAGCAUACAAAAGUGUUGCCCUGCUAGCUCUGGUUGAACUGGCAAUGAUGACGCUUCAUUCCUUAAAUGUUGACAUGGGACUUCAGUUAAUGACGAAAAUAGCGCGAAGAAUGAAAAAAUUGGAAGUUCUAAGAGACGAUGCGCCUGAGGAAGAACUGCCUCAAAAGAGUAGCAAGGAUAUUUCAAAUGCGUUCAAACAAGGAGCAUCAAUUCUAAAGAAAAUUCGGUUCAAACUUGAUUCUCAGUGGGAGGAAAUUCAAAAUAGGGAUCGUGAGAGUAAGGACAAUGGAGCCAUUCAUGAGUAUCUGGCCGGGCUUACACCCGGAGAAGUGAGAGCUCAGACAUGCUUGAGUUUGCCCGAAGUCGAGAACUUCUACCAAACUGUAAAAACUGCUCAUCACACGAGGCAGGGACAGACCGGGCGACUGUACAACCCAGAUGCGUUGGAUCAAAAGAUAAACCGAAAUCCAAAUAACACUUUAAAAAGUGUAGCGCCCUAUCUGACUUCAGAAGUGAAGUUUCUGGAUUUUCGCACAGUUCAGGCUCUGUUUGAUAACGAACUAUGGGCAAGGACUCAUUGCCAAAACAUUGCGGAAGACAUCCCAUCAUCAAUGAAGGAAACGUUCGCCUGUUUCAAAGACUAUUUCAAGUUGGCGUCUCAAAUGUACGAAGGAAACCCUGAAAUGUACAGCGUGAUGCUGCUUACUUGUUAUUCGUUCCUCGUGAUUCUAGACAAAAAAGCGGGCCACAUAAAUCCAAUGAUUCUAGAUCACGGCCUGGAUAUGGAUGUGUCGAUUGUGAAUCACUUUCUGUUGCCUUUACGAGAACAACUUGAUCAGUUGCGCCAUGUUGAGAGCUACUUGACUUCAAGGUUCAAAGGUCAAAUCCCCGUUAUAUUGAUGGGUGACCCGACCGACCCUAAUUCUCUAGAUGUGCGUUACGCUUGUUCUAAUGAAGAUAUGAAAAAUAAGCGCCAAAGAAUUCUUAAAAUCGUUGAAACCUCAAAAAAACGUAAAAAACGGGAAGUCGCAUCUGAGUAUGCGGGUUACCUUGACUUGAAGGAUCAGGCUAGCCGUAAAGUCUGUGAAUACAUAACAGGAACAUACUAUUCGACAGAAAAACACAGUGAUAGGUGCAAUAAAUGCGCCUUAAUCUCAAGGGCUGAGAAUAUCAGUGUUUCUCUAUACCGUGAACCGUUUCCGUCCAAAAUUGAAGGCCAACACGCCGUUGUCUUUGAUCUCAAUUGUCCAAACGAAGUUCGUGUUUUGCGAUCAGCGAUUCAUUUCUUCAAAACAGAGGUUUUGAAUUUCUGGAUUGCGAAUGAACGUAGUGGAAAGCGAGAUGUUUGGUCUGAACACAGAGAUCUCCGAAUUUAUAAAAGUCCCAGUUACCUUGGAUCUCUGUCUGACCAGAUGACCUUAAUGAGUUCAUCCGAGUUCAACUACAAACGAAAUCCCAUGCACCCGAAGAAUUCGCCAUCGGGCGAAAACUUCAUAAUUGAACACAAAGACCCCUUAAGAUUGGGCUGUGUCCGCUCUUUUAGCUCGAACAGGAUUACUCCGCUUUCGGGCGAGAACAGUUUUUCCGACUACAGAAACAACCCGACGUUCUUAGAAGAUCUUCGUAAAAAGAUCACAAUGGUUGCAGUUGGUAUGUACAGGUGCCUUCAAUGGACAAUUGAUAGCAAUUUGCACAGCGAUAAUGAAGUGAUUUGCAGGCAGAGCGACUGUCCGUCCGAACUCUCACUCAAAGAAUUUCGUGUUUUUGGAUGUUGUCGGGCAGGUAGCCGAAUUCAAAUUCGGAACCUCAUUGCAGCUUUUAAAAACAACGCUCUCUCUUGGCAUCACGAAGAUGUGGUGUCGCUUGUUUGCCAGAUUCUUUGGGAAACUGGAGGUCAGAUUUCAGACGAAAAGAAAAAUGGAAACCUGAAGGAAUCAGAAAGUGAAAUGAGUAAUCCGUGUGGCUACUCAGAAGAUGAUCAAGAGAAAAGAGCUCGGAAUCAGCAUCGAGAUUUUUUAGACGAAGAUUUUGUGUCUGAUGCCUUGAAAGUUCUUGAUGUUCAACUGGAUGCUAUCCAGGACAACUGGGAUAAAAAUUUAUCUCUUCUAUGUUUAGUUUUGUUUGGCUGUCGUUUGCUUGAGUUCUCGGAAAAUAAAUGUGAAAUUUCGUUCUUUCUGUCUCGUUGUCGAAAGAUUGGCUUGAACUGGAGCAGCAAAGUGAAACAAAAAAUUGAAUCGCUGCAAAUCAUUGGCGUUGACGAGCCCGAACUUAAAUUGAAACUAGUCCAAAUCAGUCUUACCAUAGCCAGUACGUUACACGUGAGUGCCGAAAAUUUAGAAGCGAUCCUCAAUCGUUCAGAUUACGCUAUAAGCUGGUUUAUAGCUCAAAACAAUGUCUCUGACAACUUUUUGAUGAACAACAUGACAGCUAGAGAAUGGCCUUUUAUCAGGAAUCUUGUGCAAAAAAGUUGGUCGGUAGGACUACGAGUAGAAAAGAAGCUGAAAUCAUUGCUUGAAGUUGAUUUAGAAACCAUUCAAAGUUUCGUAUCUAGGCAAUAUCCUAGCCUGAAAAAACCAAAUGGCGUUGAAUCAAGAUGGGCGCCAGCCCCUCAUGGGGAUCCUUGGAUGAAAAAAGAUCUGAAUCACGGAGACCAUUUGUGCAUUAACAUUCUAACUGGAGCCUUUCUCAUGAAUAACGAUCCUGUUGAGCGUCUCCCACGGAACAUAACCUCACACUCAUGUUACCAACGUAUUUUUGGAUCUGCAAACUUGACCGUAGGUCCUGGUGAUUGCCCAGGUAGCUUUGUGACUAUGAAUAAGAUCUAUGGCGCUUGCUACCAGUUCAUGAUGGUCGACAGUAAAACACUCCUGGUAACCAAAAAGACUUCCACGAAAAGGCUGCAUUAUCUGCCUGCCAGCCUUCUGCGAAAUCAUUUGCCCCAUGAAUUGUGUCAAUUUGGUCACUGGUUGGAAUACUAUGUAGAAAAUCAAGAAAUUGAGUCAAAAUCUAUUGAGUUUUGGAGUCCGAAUGUAUUCGAAAAUAAACUCUCGUCAUAUCAAAUUUUAGAUAAAACAUAUUCAUGGGAAUUGAUUGAUAAUGACGAUGAUUCCCUAAUGAUAGGCAUCGCUAGCCAAAUUUUCCGUAACCUGCAAAGUUUGCUUUUUGACCGAGUUGAAAUACCUGAUCAUGUGCACGUAUUUUUGCACCCUGAAAAAAACACGUUGUCUAUUUCACUCCCGAGGCACCGUCUUUCAUUUUCGAUCUCCGACGACUACUCUCAGAUUAAUGCAUUUCAGUAUCCUGGCUUCAAAAUAGCCAAAUCUGGCUAUCUGGGAACUUUAAUUGGCUUUAAGAGCGGAAUUGUUCUUGAGUCUGGAUCAGACAAGAAAGUAAUAAUCCCCCAUGGCAAAAUCGCUGAAUCGCUCUCUUCCGAGCAUGUGCGAAUUGAGGUCAACAAAAGUUCGUUCCAUGAUCCAUCUUUUUUCGCUUACAACGUGGAUGAAAAUUUCAAACAACUUUUGCCGCCAUCUAGCGAUGUAGCGAAUCUCUACCUUGCCAUGUUUCAUGUGAAAACAUCUUACCCCCUGCCUGACCCCUUUACAAAACUGACAGGUUUCGAAUUGGGAAUGAAAAUUCUGAGCAAGGGUCGAAGCUAUUCAUGCACACCGCUGGAUACGAGAUCAGAACAAAUCUUGAGUGUUCUAGAAAAAUGUUGUUGCAUAAGAGAAUAUAUCUCUAACAAAAAACAUGGACCGUACGCGGAAAUUGAGCAAUACCCUCAAAUUCCGCCAUAUUCCAUUUGUACCCUGGAGUCGCUAAGGUCCCAAUGUGAGAAUUUACGGGCUCACAGUAACAAACUAUCGUACAUGUAUCAUGAUCAAGAAAAAGCAUACCGAACACAGUCCAAUUUUUCAGAAAAUCGCCAAAAUUCCUCUGUUCUAGCAAAAAGAGCAAUCCAGAACAUCCAGGACAAAGUUUACCCACUGAAUGUGAAGAACUCAAAAGUCAAUGUAGCAGAUUCAUCCAACCUUUUGUAUAAUACAGAAAUCAUUCUAAAAGACGAAGAAGUUAUUGACAAAGUUCGAACGAUAUCUUCGAUAUUGCGUCUUCGAAAUUCAGAGCCCUUAUAUAAUUACAAUUACUCGCUAAGCGAAUGGGCAACGAGUUUAACAAGUAUGGGGGGCCUUAGAACAUCAGAUUUGAUGAACAACAGAUCCUUAAGUGACUGGAAACAACUGGAGGUUAAGGACAAGUGCUUGCUUGACCUCUAUGAACUAGCCCGUCAAGGCGAUACAACCAGAUACCUGCUGUUUGCGAUGACUUCUUUUCUGGUAUACGAAAACUUGAUCGACUUCGCGUACUUGGCGUCAUUUUUCUUGAUCUCACAACAUUUCGACAUGUUUCAAGCACUUGAUCCUCCUGCUUAUCCGUACUACCAGGACCUGCCCCGAAUUAGAGUUGAAAGAAGCGACAUCAUGAGUAGCAUUAGUGGCUUUUUUAGGAAUAGAGAUGCGUUUAUCGAUGCUUGGCUCGACAGAAGUUGCAGUGAUCAUGACAGAGAGUCCAAAACCGAAAGAUACCUCAGAGAGAAGCAAAAAGCGGAAAACUAUUUCGAUCAAACGAAAACUAAAGAAGAAAACCAAGUAACUCAACUGGCAAUGAAUGCCUGGCCCGACACUAGAUGUCAGUUUUCUGGAAAUUAUGAACUCCUGAACAAACAAUCGGCGAUCGAAGCUCUUUCAGAUUUGUUUGACAAGCGAUAUAAGAACAAAAAAUUGCUCGAAUUUCUGAAACAAGUGGAUGCUGUUAUAGAUUCGAUCGUCAACAAUAGUUCAAAUAUAAGAGUAGCUAAAAUCCCUAAAUUUGAGGCUAGCUUUUCUCAGAAAGUGAACUUUGCAAAACGCAUCAAUCUUGAUCAAAAGUUCGAUUUGGACGUUAUUCCCGAAAGUUUCGAUGAACUUAUUCUGCCCUUUGUACACAAAAAUCAGAACACUGUCAAAGCAUGUUCCCAAAAUGAAGACGAAAACAUAGUUGAUAUGAUCGGAGGGUUCGAGGUUGAAGAUGCCAUUAGUCAAGAUUUCAAAAACCGCUUAGAAGAAAGUUGGAGGGCUUUCAAAGACGGAAAAAUGAACAGCGAACAAAUUGAACCAGAUAUGGGCACGCUUGAAAAAAAGUUAGAAGUUGCGCGUCAAAAACUACUCGAAACAGAAAAUGCCCUAAUGAAGAUUUUGAUUCCGAGAGAAAAUCAAUGCGUGGAAACAGCUUUGCAUAGAUGCGGACUUAUGUUUCGAGAAUCACCGUUGGAACUAGUUCCGCUUUUGCUACGAAGGAGAAGACCUCCGCAAGUUCCAAACGAGUAUGAUUGGAGGGACCUCUUAGGCGCGUUAGUGGUCAGGUGGACGGAGAAGCAACGAUUACAAAGAUGUCUGCAACACCUGAAGAGCAGAAAAUCCGUACAUCUACAACGUGAGUUGAAUAACGUGGGACACACCAACUGGGUUCCUCAAGAGUUCGCAGAAUGGCUGAUCCUCGAAGCCGAAGGAAACUUCAUGAUACGACCUGCACAAGUUGAAAUUGCACAACAGAUGUUCGAUCCACCAGAUGAUAAGAAUGCAGUUAUGCAGUUAAACAUGGGUGAGGGCAAAUCCAGCGUAAUAGUGCCUAUGUUGGUAGCUUCGAUAUCACGCAAAAAGGGACUUUGCCCACAGGUUGUUAUUUUGAGCUCGCUCUACCCCACUAACUCUCAGUCUUUGCGCGCCAAAAUGGGGGGCGUUCUCGAUAUGCGACUUCUUAAACUUCCUUUCUGCAGAGAUCUUGAGCUGAGUUGCGAGCAAAUGAAUCAUCUUUCCACUUGUCUACACGAACAUAAAAAACAACGAGGAUUCAUGGUCAGUACUCCUGAGCAAAUGAUGUCCAUGCAACUCAAGGCACUGGAAGUUUUUAUCAACGGCAGCAGCGAACAAGCAAAAAGCUACCAAUUUUUUUCGCAAACUUACGAAAAGAAUAUUCGAAACAUCCUAGACGAAAGCGAUGACAUUUUGUCGGUUAAAAGACAGUUGGUUUACACGGUGGGAUCACAAAUUCCACUGGAUGGAAGUAACCAACGCUGGGUAGUUCUUCAAAGUAUUUUCAGCAGAUUGAAAAAACACGCAAGUUUAAUUUUCGAGAAGUGCGGCUCAGAACAUGUUAUGAUUGAAUCAGAUAAAUGGGAUACUCAACAUCAAUUCAACGUUUUCCGUCUUCUCGACAAAGAUUCGGAGUCCUUCUGGAAAAUAAGCGACAUGCUUAUCGACGAUUUUCUUGAAUGCAAAACGGAAGCCGAUUUAAAACCGCUGACUGAGGAUCAAAAAAUAUGCGUCAAGAAUUACAUAAUCGCCGAGGAGCUGGAGUUUAAUCAGACUGCAAACUUGCGAGUGACCCUUGGCGAUUCUGAAAUUCCACAUGUUGUGUUUCUGCUUCGAGGAUUCUUUGGCUUGAAAAUUCUGCAGCACUGUUUGUCGUUGAGACACCGAGUGAACUACGGAGUUGGAAAGUACCGCAAAAUGGCUGUUCCUUUCCGGGCGAAAGAUGUAGCGGCGGAUAAAACCGAUUUUGGCCACCCGGAUGUGGCGUUGGCGUUGACACAGCUGACCUAUUACUAUCAAGGCAUCCCGAGAGAUGGAUUUGAAGAGGUUCUUCGGACACUCACUUCAGUGGAAAUGAGUGUGGCAACAGCUAUAUAUGACAAGUGGGUCAAUUUUUGUCACCCCGAUUACAUUCCACGAGAGCUGAGAAGUUGUAGCUGCAUCAACUUAUCAGACCAGAUUCAGCUCCGUGCUUUGUAUAAGCUGUUUCACAAACAUGUUUUAGUAGUUGACUACUGGCUUGUUAAUAUGGUCUAUCAGCAAGAGGCUAAACAGUUCCCUCAAAAACUGUCGGCGACCGGCUGGGACUUAUGUCGUGAAAACGGCAACCUAAUUACUGGUUUCAGUGGCACCAAUGAAACCCAACUGCUGUUGCCCCUCACAAUUCAACAACAGGAUUUGCCCUCACUUCAAGGAACGAACGCUCUCGUAAUACACAAUUUGCUGAAACCCGAGAACCAAUUUUACCGCGCUCUUAGUCAUGGAGCAAGCGGCGAGGUUAUUUUGGAUUUCAUUCUGGACCAAAGUGAUUACAAAACAAAAGUAAUUUUGGAUCCCGGAGCUUUAAUUAUGCUGCACAAUAAAGCUUUUGUUCAGCUUUGGAUGUCAAAAGUGUCGGAAGUUGAAAUUGAAGCGGCGAUUUAUUUCGACGGCAAGGACAACAUGAUGGUUGUUGAUAGAAAGGGGUUCGAUACCCCGUUUCACCUCUCACCUUUUGCAGAAAAACUCGGCUCCUGCAUUGUAUACCUGGACGACGUUCAUACUCGGGGAACUGACUUGCAAUUCCCAAAUGGGACGAAAGCGGCAGUUACUCUCGGAAAAGGCCUGGCAAAGGACAAGUUAUCCCAGGCUUGUAUGCGAAUGCGGCUGCUGGGUUGCGGACAUAGUCUUUCUUUCUUCGCAUCUUAUGAAGUGGACCUCGAGAUCCAGUCUCAGAGUCGAGACUUCUCAAGCGAUAUAUCAGAGGUCGGCAAAGUGCUUUCAUGGGCAUUCAAAAAUAGUCACAAGCAAGUCCAAGACGGGUUAGUUCACUGGGCUAAUCAGGGCUCGGACCAGCUGCACAAACUGUGCGUGUACGAUCGAUACAAUGUGGGUGCUAGCAGCCGAUCACUGAAGAGCUUUGCGGAGAAUGUGGUCCAAAACGAAGUUACCGAGUUGAAAAAAAUGUACGGAGUGUACAGGGAAAAAACAACUUUGUGGAAAGUGGUUUCGGAUCGUAAUGAGGAAAUGAAUGUAAGCGAUAACUGCGAACAGUUCAGAGUCAAUCUGGUUGAUAAAUGCAAGGAAUUGGGUUCUGAGAGAGAAGUGUUUGUGGAUCUGUUCGACGAGGAGCAAGAACGAGAGUUGGAGCACGAAGAGCAAGAAGAGAGGCAAGUCGUUAGACCAGGGAGAAUGACGCCGAAGAAACCCGAAGUUCCCAGAUGUGUGAGAAUGUAUGCAGAAGGCGCGUCUUUUGAUGUGAAUAAUUUUGUGUACCUCCACGAUUGUCUGAAACAUACAAAAGUUUGGCGGAAGUUUCAGUGCGCGUUCAAAAAUGUCUACGCAAGCCCAGAGUUUCCGAAUGUCACGACGGAUAACAGCUCUAGUCAGUUGAAAUCCAUGGACGAAUUCACGAGAGACGCUUUCUGGGCUGUGAAGUGCAACUUCAGCGGAACCCUAAUCCUUCUGACCCCAUUUGAGGUCAACAACCUAUACGACACACUUAAUAAGAUGAAUCAUGCUGUACUUUUCAUGUUCCAACCGUACUACCAGAAGCCUUCCAGACAGAUCGUGGCCCUUCAAAACAUGUGUGGCUUUUCGGUUCCCAAAGGAAAUAGUUUGACAUUUGUCGAUUUGGUUCAGUUUGCUGAGUUGAACUUGUUCGCAGGAAAUCUAUAUUUCGAAAAUGCGGAACAGGAACAAUGGAUUUGCAGCUAUUUAGGUCUUCUACCCCUUCCGCGAUCAUCAGAACAAAACAAGGCAUUCCAAAAAAAGUUAAUCACUUCGGAUGGAUUUGUGAAACGAGACAACAGGUGCCAUGUGGCUGGAACAGCACAGUGGAGAUGUCCCUUCGACAGAAUAAGUCCAGUGUCCGCUGUCCUCGAUUUAAUCAGCAUUCGAAAUGUGGAAUUGUUGUAUCCAUCUAGCCACAUGCACAGUCUCUUAUCGAGAUGUCACUCCAAUUUCCGCGAAUCUCAAACAAGCUGAACUCAAAAAAGUAAAACUCAAAAAAAUUAACUGAAAAUUGUAUCAAUUGACCGCAGAUUGCUUGUAAACAUAGUUAUAAUGAUCUUCAUUUGAGAUGUAAAUGCUGUUAUCAUUUUACUUAUGUGACUUGCGUAUUAUGUAUUGACUGCAUUUUUGAAGAUAGCCAUUACUGUAAUAUUAACAAUACUGAUAUAUCCUGGAAAUACUAACUGCAAAAGUCCUUUUUAAGUUGAUUUUGAAAACCU